CGAUGGAUGAACCCGCGCAUGGGGCGCAUUUCGAGAGUAGCUUCCACACCGACAGCCGUCGGGGGACAGUCGCGAGAGACGUCGUUCGGUCUGCAGCUACCGGUGUGACGGCAGCACGAACCGCGUAGUUUCUUUUUUUGUUCUUGCAGUGUGACCUAACUCUUAGUCUUCCCGCUUUUGUGGAUGAGCUAGCCCCUGUCAUCGCCGUCACCUUUUCCUCGUGUGAAUUCGUAAAAGGAGAGCGUGGAACCUCUUCUCCUGCGACGUAAACCUCAAGGCCGAGUGGACUGCAGGAAGUGCUUUGGACUGCUAGUCGUCGAUAGUGGGAAGCCCCGCAGCGCCUGCCUGGUACAAAUACUGCAAGUGGCUCCCGCACGAGAGGCGUCAGCGCUCUUAGCUCGUCCAUAAACGAUAAACGCUGCAAAGCCCCGUUGCCGACGGUUUUGUGCAUUAAGUACUACUUUGCCAUCAGAAAAGCGUAGAAUCGAGCCUAAAGGUGGUCUAAGUGGCUAGCUUUCACGCAAUUCACAGAGGAAAGCUCAGCUCACCUUAGUCGCCCGCAAGAGAGGGGGAAAAAAGAAAUCCAGGGGUUUUUGUCGCCAACCGAAGAGCUUAGCCCCGCUUGUCCAAAGAGCGGGAAGAUUACAUCGGGCGCAAAAUAUCUCAGCACGUAGAUUUCUGACGUUACCCUAUAAAGGAACGCCAGAGCGCAAAAAAGAAAAUCAUAUCGUCAGUCUAUCCGAUGGAUUGCGCGUGGUAAGGCAGCGUGUCCCCGCUCUGAGAUACAAGACAUUGGCGCCGGCACCUGCGACGCGAAUAAGGCGUAACAAGGGCCGCGCGAUGCUGAACAUCGUGGCGAGCACUUUCUCGGCUGUUUCCAGCGCCACGUCGGCCUUUUCGUGGAAGUAUGUAAUGCUUCUGACUGUGACCACGGCCACUCAGCGAGUGCUGCUUGCAACCAUUGCGGUGACCGGGUGCAUAUUCAUGAGUCAGGCCCUGCUCCGAUUCUACCGGCUCUGGAAGGCGCUGCGACCCAUGGCGGGACCACCGGACUGGUUCCCACCACUCUUCAACGUCAACUGUCUCAGGGCCGCGGCCCGUUACCGAGACAUCUUCAACACUUCCACAGGGCUGUUCAGCCUGCUCGUGGGCCUGACAUACUUCUUUGAGCGGGAGCGGGUGUUCAAGACUUACCUGGGUUUCCAGCCGGUCGUCGUGCUUUUCAAGCCGGAAGCGGUUGAGUCUGUACUCAACUGUUCGACAAACCUGAAGAAGCCCAUCCUGUAUUCGCUGCUCCAUGCAUGGCUGGGAACAGGUCUUCUCACAAGCUCCGGCUCCAAAUGGAAGUCGCGGCGGAAGAUGCUGACACCGGCGUUCCACUUUCGCAUACUCGAAGACUUCCUGCCAAUCAUGAACGAGCAAGGAGAGAUCUUCGCGCAGGCGCUGCAGCACCAGACGCACGGUGCAGUCGACAUCACCAAAUUCGUCACUGCCUGCACUCUCGACAUCAUUUGCGAGACUGCCAUGGGAGUCAAGGUGAAUGCGCAGACCAACCCAACUUCUACCUACGUGAGCAACAUAUACAGAGUUGGCAGCAACUUCAUCAACCGUGCCGUGCGUCCCUGGCUGUGGCUGGACUCUCUGUACCGGCUGACGCGCAACGGACGCCUCUACCACCACGACAUCAGCGCCAUCCACACAUUCACCAAGAAGGUGAUACGCGAGCGGAAAGACGUCAAGCUGUCCGAGAAGCGGCUCAUCACGGACUCAAGCGACGAGCUCAAAAAGCGCCCGAUGUUCCUGGACGUCCUGCUGGACCACCACAUAAGUGAGAACAGUAUCUCUGAAGAGGACAUCCGUGAAGAGGUGGACACCUUCAUGUUCGAGGGGCACGACACGACGUCAGCGGCCAUAUCUUGGUGCAUCUACUUGCUAGGCCAGAAUCCUGGAGCACAGAAGAAGGUGCAGGAUGAGAUGGACCUCAUAUUCGCCACUGAUCGAGACCGCUACGCCACUGUAGCUGAUCUCAAGGAGAUGAAGUUCCUAGAGUGCUGCAUCAAGGAGAGUCUUCGAUUGUUUCCUUCGGUGCCUAUAAUUGGCCGAGAGAUAUACAAAGAGUUUUGUAUAAACGGUCGAGUGGUGCCAGAAGGCUCGAUCGUGAUCAUCUUCUCGUACAUGCUACAUAGAGACCCCAAGUCCUUUCCGCAGCCGGAAGAAUUCCGGCCUGAGCGCUUUCUGCCCGAGAACAGCUUGGGAAGGCAUCCUUUUGCCUACGUGCCAUUUUCAGCUGGACCUCGGAAUUGUAUUGGCCAGCGGUUCGCGCUAAUGGAAGAGAAGAUCGUGCUGUCCAACUUGUUUCGGCGGUUCAGCGUACGCUCACUGGUGCCCCGCGACGAGCUGAAGCUGGCCGGCGAGCUGGUGCUUCGAAAUCAGAACGGCAUCCAAGUCACGCUAUCACCCCGACAAAAUACCCACGCCGUCGACAAGCACGGAUAGAGACUCGACAGCCGUCAUCCCUGCCUUCAUCGCUGUUUUCAUUUCUUAGUUCGAGCUGUUACACCAUUGUUCAUCUGAACUUUGUGCGUAUGGUGGAAGGCAUGAGCCUGGGCACAAGUCUGUCUAUGCACUCAUAUGUCUGUGAUGUCGCGCAGCAGCGGGCUGGUGCGCACGCGCGGUGCGCGCGACAGUAGCGCAGUUAGAACCAAACGCACCGUGCAAGCGCUCAAAUGUCCACGCGUACGUAAUGUGCUGAAAAAUUAUACACUCAGAACGACUGAGCAAUUAAUAACUAGACGCGACGAUCCUCGUUGUGCACUUCAGUUUCAAGCACGCGCCCAGAAAUGUGAGAAUGUUUUAAGUCUCAUUCCAUGCAGUGAGGUGUCUUGUACAUGUGCAAGACGGCCUCUUGUCAGGGCACUGCCACUUUACAGCUUUAAAUCUGUAACAACCCUUCUUUUAAGUGCAGGGUAGCCAACCGGGCUCAACCUAGUUUACUUCAUUGCCGUAUCUGCCCACUUCUACGGAGAAAUGACGGCGUAAAUAUUACGCACAAGCAUUAGGUCUGGCGCGAGGCGAGCCAACUGUACCUCAGUCAAGGUAGCAUGAACUAUUCCUGUCAAAAAAGGCAGAUUUGAUGUUUGCUGUAGCCCUUUAUGGAGCACGGCGUAUCUUGGCUACAACACCUGCCGUUGUACGAUGAGAACAGUGAGAAUUGCUCUUCUAUACUUCUGUGCAAGACCGGCUGCACCAUCACCAGCAAGCUAGCACAAAGGUGACAGCGUGCGGAGGGGGGCUUUAAGCUUCUGACGCCACUCACACGCUUUUUUCAAGGCCGUACGUGAUAUUACGUGGCGGACGCAGUGAAUAUGGGACAAACGGGAAAACACAAUCCUCCCGCUUGCUUUAAGGGUGUUCCUUGGCUGAACAAAUGGUAGUGCUAGUUCGUCAAGAGUAUUAUAAAAAAAGUCAAUUUUAUCUGUGCGCAAACCUGAAAGGAAAGCGUUAAAAACUGUUUUCCGUGGCAAGCUCUCAAUUCUUGUUAAUCGCGAUUGCAACGAGAGCAAGAAUCGCAUUCUACAAGAUGCACAAAGUCGUUCAUAUUCAUGAAGAAACCUGAAUCUUCAAAACUAAGCUAACAGUGCAGUAUAAGAGAGGAUACGAGAAAGAGAGAGAGCUUUAAGUGAAUGAAAGACAACUAGACUGCAUGUACAUAACAGAACAAGACUUAAAACUAUUUUUAAAAAUCAGGAAGAAGAAAUGAAAGAGACUGAAAGAUGCGCUGUAUUAUUUUCUUAGCUCACAACGCAAUGCAAACACCUCGAAAAGGGCAACGAUGACCGCCGGUGUUUGUAAAGACCAGAGUCCCAGAAUCAAGUUUUAAGAACUGCAAGGAUUGUCUCGAUGCGCUUUAAGUCGGUGCUCUCUGUUGCGCACUGGUGCAAACAUGUCGCAAGUGAGGAAUGUGCGAGGUCUCUGUGUAGAUACAAAUACCAAAACCAUAAGAGCUAUUGCUCCGACUGCGACAGCCGACGAGGCCACGUGCAGUGGGAAAAUACUGAACAUGCUUGUUGUGUCCGCUGAUCUGAGAAUGGGUACAUGCUCGUGGCAGGGGAGAGCACCAUCUGCAGCUUGGAUUCACCACCUUUUUACGUUUGUCAUAGCGCUUAGUGCGUAGGUGUUGAGGGCAAACGAAAGUUACUUCGGAAGAACGCGGUCCUUGAGACUAUUUCGAAACGUUACGCCUAAAAUUGUAUAUAUGCUGUAGCCACUUAGCAAAUGUGUUUCGAUAAAGCCCAUUUCAUGGCAAGAUUGAAACCUAUAUCACUAAAUAUUCAGGUUUCUUGUUGGAAGCACGGUAUGUUAGAAGACUUGUGUCCAGGUGAGUUUUUUUUCCUCAGUGACGGCGCGAUCAAUGCGUCGUGCACCUGUUCAGACGCGUUGUGAUGGGUUCUAACGUUGAAGUGUAGUUCCCUCGACAAAUGAGGUGUUAUGUGUAACUUUUCUUUGAAGCACUUUCCUGAGCAUACCUAGGCCUGUAAUUCCUGACUUCUUGAAUCAUGUUAACUAACUUGCACUUGUAAAGUAGUCAAUCUGUGUACAUAAUUCGUCGUUCUAAUGCGAGCCCCCUUUUAACUUCUGCUUAUUCAAUCUACCUAGUCGAGAAAAGGUCAGAGCAGUCAAAUAACCAGCCAAUGCUAAACAUGUCUUACCACGGCCAGUAUUCACAAAACUUCAUUAUAUGUGUGCAAUUGGCCAUUAACUCGCUGUCACGCCAUUGGUGAUUGCAGCGACUGCAACGCGUCUGAGCACCAGCCUUUGAAAGAUAAAUCUUGAGGAAAAGAAGUAUUGUGAAUGCAUGCCAAGAAGUUGUGCGAACUGUGCCGUCUAUUCACCCAAAAAGUGUCCAACUGUAUGCAUUCUCUGAGACUUGUCCCAUCACGUCCAAACUAGUCCAAUAUUAUUUAUUGCUAAGUUUUAUGCUUUUUUUUCUGAAUUGUGCAUGACGCCUUUGUGACUAAGUAUUGUAUCAUCGCCUCCAAAUUCAGCGUUUUUUUUCCUGCAAAGUGGUUGAGGAAAUGGGUUAAAACACAUUUUAUGGAAGAUGAACAUUACUUAACAAUUAACAUAUUCGUUCUUAUCGGCGGAUAUCAAAAACAGUUAAUAUUCCAUCAUGAGGGCUUAGCUUGGACAUAGUGCUUCAGAACAAAUUCAUAUCGUUCAACCUUGAACCUUUCACAACGCGUCACAAACGCUAACCGCCAUCAUACCUGCAGACAUCUGCGGAACGCCUUCUCAGUCUGAUAGUUUUUGUACCCGUAGUUUUUUUUUAAUCAUGCAGGAAGAACAACUCAUUGUCUAGUCAACGUGCUGCGCCAUACAAGUCAGGGUUUUUCGUCUACAUGUCUGAACACGUUGGGGGUUGUUUUUCCAGUUUUGUGUGCACGCCGCUUUGCCUCAUUGUGAUCCACGCAUAAUCAUCCUUGUUACCACUAGAAGUGACAUUGCAAUCGUAACUGUACGUGCAAGUGCGUGCCAGUUGGAACAUAGCUACCUUUUCUGUAAAAACAGCCGAUGCUAUCAGUCAUGAGACGCAACGAAUGUCCGCAUCAGUUUCUUAUGACAACACCUAUUGCACUGUAAAGUAGUUCAAACUUUGCUCAAUCAAACUAACCUACCCCAUAAAUAUAAAAAAAAAGGAUGGGCCUGCAAUAAUACGCAUUCGCCCCUAACCGACACGGGACAUCGUGGUACGCUCUUUCAAAGUAAUUGCUGCUGGAACGCCUUCAAGGUAAGAGGCGAUAGAAGACGUGAUCACAAAUUAAAAACGAUCGUCUGCUCUGAAUUUGAGUCGUUUGUUACCAUGUAAGAGCUGUGCAUCGUUUAGGUGGAAGCUGCACCAGGGGUGGAGGCGUUACUGAUUCAGCGCAGUUGUCAUUGUUGCAGGGAUGUCUCUAAAAUCACAGUGUGACUAUCUUGCCGGCCUGUUUCGAAAAUAAGCGGGCUUGCGCAUGGGUUCAGCAGCUCGAUUCAGAUGCUUCACUAAAAAAUAUAAUUUAAUGGUCGAUUUGCGCAAGACAGGUGAGCGCAGUGAUCUCAGAACGCCACGGAAAUGCGAGUAAUACACCCUUCACUGCUUCUGCAACGAUCGAAAAGAAACAUAAGCUAGACUGUCGGUGCUGAUGAUAUCGUUCACCCAACAAUUCGAUGAACUAAUUCGCCCAUCACUUUUUCCAUAGAAUACACUGGCACAUAUUAACGCAAGUCAUUGACUAUCGUUAACGGUACUUGCAUGUGACUUCUUAGCGGAUAAGCGUCUCUUUCUUGCCAUGCCGCAGCAGAUCUUGCCUGCGCAUGUGCUCGCAUGAAAUUUUCAAGACUUUUAGCACUGACUACGAUAAAUAGCUUUACGUUGUUUUGGUGGUUCCCGAAAGCUCGAAGUAUUAACUGGUACCAGUAAUAUACAAUGGAACUGCUGCGUCGAUACGAGCUCGCUUCAAAUGUUUUAUCAUUUAGAAACAGAAUUAGUCACCUCUAAACUGCACAUUGUGCUUUGCGAGUUAUUUUACCUCACUUAACUCAAUCGCCAAGUUUCACUAUGUGUCAUAGUGAAAAAGCAAUGAAGACGCUCCGAGACUCGUCAUCAGCUGAAGUGAAAAAAAUAAUCGUGGUAACGCAAUAUAGCCACCAUAACGGCCGCAGUUGAGCUACACGGUAGAGCAACUGCGGAGACUUUAAUUCGUUGUCUUGCAACGAAUGUAGGAAAAUGGUAAAACGUUUUCUUGGAUUCAGAGAGCAACAAUGACAGCCUCUCACAAUUACUGACAUUUGCUACCAAAUUCAAAAUUGUUAUAGAAGCCCCGUACCCGAGUGCCAUGGAGCGCAAAAACGACAGUUCCAAGUGUGCCUAAUGAAGCAGCAAGCAAAAUGGUUUUCUUUUCAUUCAACUGUUGCUGCAGUGUGCAAUAGCAGCAGUAUUAGCAUAAUGCGAUGCUCAUUUCAUAGAUAAAUCUUGGCUAUUUACAUAGAAUCUUUGAAGUGGGCUUUGAAUAUUUAGGUUAUAUUCAUUUUAGGCUAAUUAGCUUAUUUUGGAAUAACGUGUCGCAGCACGAGAAUGUGCCCGUUUCAUGAACCGAAGCAAUAUUGCUUGCUCCCAGUGAAUUUUAUUUCUGUACUCUUCGCGUGCCGUUUGCCAGGGCGCGCUUGCAUCUAGUUAAUAAAUAAACCGUGAUAUUUCUAUGUAACUAACUUUAAGCGCCAUGUUGUCUUUUUUUCCUCACAACAGCCUGCCUGUAUUUGUUUCUUUUUUCUCGGUUUUCAUUUUUUCCUGUUCGUUGAUUUUUUUUCUUUGUGUGACCUUACUUUUUUAUUGUACGCUUAAUUAUAUACUCGAACUUCUUUUCUGCGUACACCUGCAAUAAAUGUGCCCCAUAUUGUUA